AUGGCCCAGGCGGGACGCGCAGGGGAGCUGCCCCCGAUCGUCCCCACGCGCCGCAGCACUGGGGAGGAGCCGUGGCAGGCAGAGCCGGAGGUCUGGAGCGGGCGAGAGCCGCGGGGUGCAGCGGGGAGCCUCCCGUGCGUGAAGCCGGGGCCCGGCGGAGCCCCAGCGGCGGUGCCGACCGCGGGCGGCCCGAUCCCUCCGGCGCUGAUGCGGCUCCGCCGCGAAUUGCUGCGAUUGCUCCGCGAGCGGGAGCAGCUCCUGCGGGCCCGGGACUGCGCCCGCCGCUUGCAGGCCACCGCCCGCCUCCUGCAGACACCGAGCCCCGGCCCGUGGCUCCGGCUGAGCCGCGACUUGCUCGCCCCGGCCGCCCGGGAGCCGGUGCCGAGGAGAGCCGGGCCCCGGGAGGCGCCGGCGUCCCUGCUCCCGGCCCGCCCCGGCGCACUGGCCGCCCGGCGCCUGGAGGCUGCCCUGGAGGCGCAGCUGCGGGCCCUGGGCCGGGAGCCCGCCAGCCCCGCGCUGUCGUCGCGGCUCGCCGACGUGCUGGAAGCUCUCCCGGCCUUGCAGCGGCUGCAGGCGAGAGCCUGUGCCCACGUGCCGGGGGCCCCGCGCCCCUUCCCCGCCGCCCGGGUGCUGCGCCUCCUGACGGCCGAGCGGGGGUGCCAGCUGGCGGGCCGGCUGCAGCUGCAAGCGCUCCCGAGCUCGGCCGUGCGGGACCAGUUGAGGACGAUGUGCCGAGAGGAGCGGGAGCUGCUGCCCGGGCUGCUGGGGCUGCUGGGGGGCGGGCAGGGCCCUGGACUGGGCGGGGCAGGCGCGCUCUGGAGCCAGUACUGGACCUUGCUGUGGGCCGCCUGUGUUCGGAGUCUGCGCCUCCACCUGGGGCCCUGGAGCGACCCCCGGGCAGCCGCGCACCAGCUGAGUCAGGCACCGGGCCAGGCCCCGCUGCCCCCCGAGUGUGAGAAGGAGCUGGCCCGUCUGUGUCGCUGCCUGUGGCGACAGUGUCUGAUCUGGGACUGGGACCAAGGCUUCUGCCGAGUCCUGGGAUCUGCUCGCGAUGACAGAGCCCUUUCCUCCUCGGCCCACACGGCAAACCUCUGGAAGCUGCUCUUCGCCCCACUCUCGGAUGCUAUCCAAGAAGACAGGACAGACCCCGUGCUCAGUGGACUUACUGGCCCCUGGCCCCUGGCCCUGGGCCUAUGCACCCUGCAGUCCACAUCACUUUGGUUUGGGAGCCGAGCUAGGCAGCAUCUGGCCGCGUGGGCGCCUGGUUCUUUUCUGCUUCUGACCCAGAGGGACUUACCGCCCCUGUUUCAAGAAGUAGUAGCCCUGUGUGGAUUGGUUUCCGAGGGGAGCUGGGCCCUGGACAUGGAUCGGCAGCUGGGGGAGCAGAUCCAGAGACUGGCCACACACAUCCAGCUCCUGCCAGAACAGUGGGGAGACCUGUUCUUUGGGGAAUGCAAGAAGCAAACAGCACAGGGCCUUGACAUGUACAUGCCUCGGGGUCGGUACUGGCGUGGUCAGCUCCGCCCAGAAUUGCCCAGCAUUCCUAGCGAGUAUGCAGGGCUGGUGGUCCGCACUGUUCUGGAGCCCGUGUUGCAAGGCCUACAGGGAUUGCCAACCCAAGCCCAGGCUCCCAGCCUUGGCCAGGCGCUGACAGCCAUCCUGGGUGCCUGGCUUGAUCACAUCCUCACCCAGGAGAUCCGGUUCAGCUUGCAGGGAGCGCUGCAGCUCAGGCAGGACUUUGGAGUGGUCCAGGAGUUGCUAGAGGAGCAGCGCUGGGGCCUAUCUCCUGAACUUAGGCAGACUCUGCUCACGCUCAGCAUCUUCCAGAGGCUGGAUGGGGCCCUGCUGUGUCUGUUGCAGCAGCCAUUGCCCAAGGCCCGUGGACCCAGGAGGCCUCUCUGCUGCUGUGCAUGCAAUGAAGUCCAGACCCUGGAAAUGACCAGCAGCAAUCUCAACAGCCUGGAGAGCUUGGAGCCCCCUCUUCGACCUGGAGUGACCCCAACCCAGACAGUUCAGAUGCUAAACACAUUGCGGGGUGGGAGGCCAAACCCUGAGGCUUACCUGGUGGGAAAUCAGGAAGCCUGGCUUGCCCUGAGACUGAACCAGCGCUCUCGCUGGCACUUGCUUUUUCUUUUCUGCCUGGGGAUCAGUCCCGAAACAUAAGGAACCUACCUGAUCAGGAAUGUGAGCUCCCCGUUUCUGGCUGGUAAGCGCAGGUAUUUGGGAAAACAAACAAACAAACAAACCUAUAUUUGAGAGCUGGGAAGAAAGCAUACCCGAGGUCCACAAACUACACAGGGCUUGACUUUAAAGAUCACCCCAGCGUGUGGAAUCCAGAGUAAAAGGCAAACUUCGGCCUGUAACAAGGAGGUCAGCACCCCUGGGACACUCAUGCGUACAUCGGAUAAAUCUCAGGGCGGAGCCUGGAAGGAAGAGCUAGAUUCCAGGAGGGGCGCUUACAGGGUUCAAGCCUUUGGAAAAAGGAAGGAGAAAAAGACAGCCUAGCAGCCACUUUUCAAAUCCUAGGAGCUAGGUAGAGUGUCCCUUAGAAACUCGUUAGUGCAACAGGCAUUUUGAUAUCCAGGUCAGUCCCAAAGCCUGGACCCUGCACUCCCUCUC